AUGGUAUUCGGAAUAGGUUUGGGGUACAAGGGAUUUGACGCCUCAUCUUCUCCAUUCGUUCAUCCGACCAAGCAAAAGGAACGGGAAAGCCAACAAAUCGGAGCUGUGGAUAACGUAAUCGGCGAGGAGGGCAUUGGGGUCGAUCUCCGGCGAUCUCCAAUUUCGAUUAGGUCGCCUUCAUCGUCUUUGUGUCCGAUCGAAGAAGAAAAAGGGAAUGAAAGCAAAAGAGUGGUUCGGUGGUGGCUGUUGUCAACAGCAGUGGUGGCGAGGGAGUUGCUCCGGCGACUUCCUCAUCGUUUCUUUAUCUCUGGUCCGAAGAACGAGGGAGGAAGGGUGUGGGUUUCUCCGGCGACGAAUCGUAGCAGCGAUCAGUCUCCGGCGAGUCCUCGUGCUCCUUUCUCGUCGCCGACCGCAGAACUCAACGGAAAAACAGCAGCAACCGUGGUGCUAGACGACGGUGGAAGACAGAGAAGGAGGAGGAGGGCGCCAUGGCCGGCAGCUUCACAGGGAAAGAAAGAGAAUUCAAUGGGUGUUUGGGACCUGUUUUUCUCAUCAAAACAAAAGGAAUUAAGCUGGAAUGAAAGGGGGCAACAACCUCCCGUUUUGGUUUCUAAGAGAAGAAAUGGGGACAGAUAGAUUGAAAUGAGUGGGGAGGAAGAUUGGGUGAAGCUUUGGAUGAUUGAUUGCCUCCUCAGAAGUUAUAACUCCACAGAUUUUUCCAUGAUCUAAUUGUACCCAUGUGAUCAAUUUUGGGAGAUUUGAAGGUACAAGGCAAAAAUCAUUUAGAUAUUUUACAUGUAUAGUAUAAGUGUGAUUUAUUACUUGUGUAUUUGUUUGUAUAAGGUAGAAUACGUGAAAUGGCUGAUUAGUCUAAUGUAAUUGCUUG